AUGGGUUGGGAAAUUGUUCAUCAGGAAUCUACCAAAGAUGCUGGAAGGCGCAGCAGAUUGUGGGAUCCUAAAGAAGUCUGUGAUGUAUUGAAAAAUAACAGGGGAACUGAAGCAGUUGAAGGCAUAAUCUUAGAUGUGUCUCAAAUAAAUGUCUUGCCGCUGAGCUAUGAGACUUUUUCAAGGAUGGUUAAUAUGAGAUUUCUCAAAUUCUAUAUGGGGAAGGGUAGGAAAUGCAAUUUGCACCUUCCUUCAGGUCUCGAAUCAGUUCCUAAUAAAUUAGUGUACCUUCAAUGGGAUGGAUACCCUUCCAAGUCUUUGCCAUCAACUUUUUGUCCUGACAACCUUGUUGUGCUUUCCAUGAUGGAAAGCCAUGUUGAGAAACUUUGGGAUGGAAUCAAGAGUCUUGCAUGCUUGAAAGAGAUCAACCUCCAUGCCAGCAAAAACUUAAUUAAACUCCCAGAUUUAUCUCAGGCACCAAAUCUUGAAACUAUAGAUGUUUCUUAUUGUACAAGUCUGCUUCAUGUUCCCUUAUCCAUACAAUGUGUCAAGAAGCUUCUUGUGUUUAACUUGGAAUCCUGUAAGAGUCUCAAGAGUCUUCCAAGAAACAUUCACUUGUCUUCUCUUGAAAUGUUCAUUCUCAGACGCUGUUCUAGUCUUGAUGAAUUUUCAGUAACUUCAAAGAACAUGACACGCCUAGACUUGAGAGAAACAGCAAUAACAGAUUUCCCAGAAUCUUUUUGGCAGCAUCUGAACAUGCUUGUUUACUUGAAUCUGGAAUCCUGCAACAAGCUCAAGAGUCUUAUAAGCAAUAUUCACUUAAAAUCUCUUCAAAGACUCAAUCUGAGGGAUUGUUCAAUUCUUGAAGUGUUUUCUGUGACUUCAGAGAACAUGGAAUACUUGAAUUUGAGAGGGACAUCAAUAAAAGAAUUACCAAUAUCCGUUUGGCGCAAUAACAAGCUUUUUACUUUGGUUCUUCAUUCCUGUAAAAAACUACUGAAUUUUCCUGAAAGACCAAAACUUGAGGAUUUUCCUCUCAUAUCCUCCUCUGAAAGGCCAAAUAUGGAUGAACGAUGGACUUUGUCAUCCUUGGCAGAUUUAUCACUGAAAGGAAGCAGUGUUGAGAAUUUACCUGCAAGCAUCAAAGAUCUUCCUAGUCUGAAAAAACUUACCUUGACAGAGUGCAAACAGCUUCGGUCCUUACCAAGCCUUCCACCAUCCUUGGAAGACUUAUCCUUAGAUGAAAGUAACAUUGAGUGUUUACCUGUAAGUAUCAAAGAUCUUUCUCAUUUGAGAAAACUUACCCUAAUUAAUCACAAGAAGCUUUUGUCUCCACAGGAUCUUCCUCCAUCUUUGAAAACUCCAUUACUGAAUGAAAGUAAAGUCGAUCCACAUCUUGUGAGCAUGAAAGGUCUUUCUCAACUACAGAAGUUUCCUCAGGUUAAGGGGAAAAAGUUUCAUUCUCUACCAGAGCUUCCACCAUUCUUGGAAGAAUUUUCACUAAGUGAGAGCAAUAUUGAGUGCAUACCUGAAAGCAUUAAAAAUCUUUCACAACUGAGAAAACUAGCCUUAACAAAGUGCUCGAGGCUUCGGUAUUUACCAGAGCUUCCACCAACUUUGGAAGAUUUGUUUCUAUGUGGAUGUGAUAUUGAAAGCUUGCCAAUAAGCAUCAAAGAUCUCGUUCAUUUGCGAAAGAUCACCUUAAUUGAGUGCAAGAAGCUUAAAGCUCUACCAGAGCUCCCACAAUACCUGCAAUCGUUUUGUGCAGCUGACUGCAGAUCACUUGAGAUUGUUCAAAGUUCAAAGAAUGUUUUAAUAGAAGAUAGAUAUGCAUUCUAUUGCAAUUGCAUAAACUUGGACCAAAAGUCACGCAACAAUAUCAUUGCAGAUGCACCCUUUGAGGAAGCUUUUAUUUCUUUGCAAGAAAGGACACCUCUUGGUCCUCUUAUUUCUAUUUGCUUGCCAGGAAGUGAAAUCCCAGACUGGUUCAGCUACCAAUCAACAAAUUCUUCACUGGACAUGGAAAUUCCUGUAGAGUGGUUCCUCGAUUCAAUGUUCUUAGGUUUUGCUCUGUGCCUUGUAAUUGGUUGUUUCAAAAAGAACAGUUACGAAGGGUAUGAUCCAGAUAUCAAUUGUUAUCACUUUGUGAAAUCUGCCUCUGACUCUGGCCCCAGUGUUCCAUUUCUUGGCCAUUGCACAACUGUAAUGCAAGUUCCAAGAGGUUUUAAUUCAGAACAUAUAUUUAUAUGCUACUAUCCUUCUUUUAAUGCCUCCAUACUGCAAGAUUUCAAGGAUUUAAGCUUGUACUAUGAUGCCGAUAACUUAAGGCUCAGGGUCAUCUUUAAAUUCAAGGGUCCUUCUCAACGGUUGGACAUUGUAAAGAAGUGUGGGGUCAGACCUCUGUUGAUUGCUAAUACUGAAAGGCUUCACAUAGAUAGUGAACUGCAACCUGAAUAG